AGUGGGGAACUGAGAUCUUGUUAAGAUUAACUAACGGUGACUAAUAAUGACCAAUGACCUACUUCAUCCCUAUCUUUUGUUGCAGCGGGCUGCCUUUGUCUCAUAUACUGUCAUAUCAACUCCUUUCCCCUCACGGAUCUUGUUCGUGGUUCUAUGCGCAAAAUGCCAUCCACAAUUCCUCAUGCUAGUUUCUGGCGAAGUGACAGGGACACGGUACCUUCGGCCAAAGCCCCUACCCCAUUUGCCGGCCGCCUCGGUGCAAACCAAGAGUUCUCUCUAUCUCGAAGCCACUGUACAGAUAGAGAGCUAUUGGAAAAAACUCCUGAUGCUGCUCCGUGGGUUCCAUUGAGAGAUGCUUUAUCCGUGACGCAAUUCUCGCAGAUAGAGCUGUGGAAGGCAGCUGUCGUUGAAGGAUUGGGGACGUGUUUGCUGGUAUACCUAACCAUCCUCUUCGCCGUUGGACUAUCAGAAAAUAUGGGGAAUCUUGAGACUGGCCCAGUUGUGCCUACAUUGAUUGGUAGCCUGAUAGUGGUGUUCAUGCUUCCUCUAUUUACAUUUACAAUCGGUCCUAUUUCUGGAGCCCAUUUAAACCCGAUGAUCACUAUAGCUACGUUCUUCGGGCGCUUGACAACGCUGCCCAGAUGUGUGUUGUACGUUGCAUUCCAAAUAUUUGGUUCGGCAAUCGCCGGUUGGCUGGUAAGAGCGAGCCUCGAUACGAGAUCUUUUAUAGUUCCAGGUUGUUACGUGGAUACCUCGCAGGUGUCAAUUGGCAGCGCAUUCGCUAUUGAAUUCGUCACGGAUUUCGCAGUAAUUCUCCUUUCAUUUGGCGUUGGUCUUGAUCCUCGUCAAAAGGGAGUGUUUGGUCCGACUUUGGGUCCGAUCUUCGUUGGAAUUCCACUAGCACUGUGUAUCUUUUCGACCGGCAUCAUUCGUCCCGGUUAUACAGGAUUCUCAGGACAUCCCGCGCGAUGCUUCGGAGCAAUGGUUGGAUCUCAUUUUUCCACCUAUCAUUGGAUGCAGUGGGUAGCACCUAUAUGCGCUGCUAUUGCUCAUGGGGUAUUAUACUUUUGCGUACCACCGUACGAGCGAAAAUAAAUUUCGGCCUAUUAGGGGGUAUUAAGCCUCAGCUACAAAUUAGGGGAGAUUUGGUGACGAAAGGGAUAGUU